CAAGACCCGCUCCACGUGCAAAGUCUUUAAGGUCCUAGAGAAUUCCGCGGUGUGAGUUGAUUUCCUGGUGCAAUAGUGGAGUCCGGGACUAUCCAACGGGGACGCAUGAAACAGAAUACAAAAGGAAACAGAUUCAAGCCACGGUUUCACCAAACUAAAUGGGUCCAGAAACGGCCUGAGUCCAUGCUGCUAGUGGGUAUUCCGUCCAGAUGGGAUCCUCCAACGCCUAGCCUACCACAGCUCCCAAGGCAGCUGAGGUCCAUGGAGCGUGCCUUGGAAGUACUAUGGGUGCUAGGGUUGGGAUCGUUCCUCCACCGGGGAGGAUAUCCAAAUGCCAGGGAGGUUGUACCAUGGCCGAGUCGAAUCCUUGGGGAGUGCUAUCCAUGCGAACAGGGCAAGAGACAAAGGAAAAUCGGGGGGAAAGCGGGGCAGCUUGUCAUGCACUUAUUGGCCAAAGUGCACGGCGUUCCGGGAAUCCUGAGAAAAAUAGACAUGGGCUGCUAACCUGCCAACUUGUUUCCGGGAGUCCAGAAACCAUCAUACGGUAAGCCGUGCGACGGGGACGAGGCAUAUUAGGACGGUCCAUUGGGCCAGGGAAGUUCUCCUUGCGACGUGGCCCCCGCGCGAAUUGUACAGUGAGUCGCUCGCCUUUGAAAUCACUGCCAUCUGUAUAGAGGAUUUGGUCAGAAGCGCAAUUACCCCAGGAACCGGC